AUGCUUCCAAAUAGGAAAGCACAGUGGUCAGCACCCUUCAACAUCACAAACACUGGACGCACUUAUGUCAAGGUUUUUGUCCAUGGUAAAGGUACAGUGCUUUUGAAAAUCGAUGUUUUGCUUGAAAAUUCGACUUUGUUUUUGUACUUUGACGAGGCAGGAAACAACUGGCCCUACUCUAUUCGCAACUUCUCCAAAUUUGAGUUUUUGUUUUACCAAGCCAACCCAUAUGUUGAUGACCAAGGAGUGGAGCAGCAUCCACACCCACCAUUCAACCCUAUUCGAUACAAACUUCCACCAAAGAGCUUGAUGUCAUAUGCAUGGGAUUUUCCAGCUGCCCCCUUCAAAGAGCUGGUUAUUCUUUGUAAUGGCAAGGAGAGAAGAGUUCAGUUAACUGAAAUUGGUAACCUUCGACCCAUGAAAUUGCCUAGAACUGAGAGGUCAGAGGGCGGUAUUAUUGAACUCCAUGUUGUAGCUGAUGGUCCCUUGCAGUCGUUGGUAUUGUCUGAUUAUGAUGCCAGUUCAAGCAUAUACAAGAUCAAGUCACAGUCACAGGCAUCGUCGGUAUCGCAACAGGCGUCUUCAUCACAAGUCGAUUUAUUCAGUGUAGAUGAUUCUGUUGAUAACGACUCGGUAUUGACAGUUACUGUUCAGCUUGAAGGUGUAGGCGUUUCGUUGAUUAAUCGCCGACAUGUUGAACUUUGCUACAUGACCACGAGGGGAUUCGAGUUCAAGUACAAGUCAUCUGAAUUGUACGAGACCUUCUCCAUGAAAGUGAAAUGGAUCCAGAUCGAUAAUCAGCUAUAUGGAGGUCAUUACGAUGUGAUUUUAUUCCCCAGUGUAUUACCUAAAUCCACUAGGGAAAUGGAAAAUCAUCCAACAUUUUCGGCUAUGGUGACUAGAGUAAAGGACGAUUCGCAUGGUGUCUUGUACAUAAAGUAUGCGAGUGUUUUGCUUCAACAGAUGACUUUAGAAAUGGACGAAGAUUUCUUGUUUUCCCUCCUGGAUUUUGCAAGAGAUCCCAAUACGCCAUGGACGGGAAGCGAGAAAGAUAUACUUUGCGACGAGUCUAGUCAUAUUCCAGAACCUGAGAAAGAGUCAUCUGGAGAGGAAAUCUAUAUUGAAGUUCUUCAUAUCCAUCCUGCACAAAUGGACCUCUCAUUUGUUCGUACUGAGCGUAUCAAUGUUGAAGAUAGGUCAUCAUCUCCAACAGCAUUAAAUUACUUCGUCAAUAUCCUUACUAUGGCAAUUGGUAAUAUCAACGAUGCACCAGUGAAACUCAAUGCCCUGUUAAUGGAAAAUGUGCGAACUCAAAUGCCAGUGCUGAUCCAGUCUGUUGAAUCGCAUUAUUCUCAAGGAUUUCUGUACCAAGUACACAAAAUCCUUGGCUCUGCUGACUUCAUUGGCAAUCCGGUUGGUUUAUUCAACAAUAUCAGUUCAGGAUUCGUGGACAUGUUUUAUGAACCUUACAAUGGAUUUAUGCUGAACGAUCGAUUGGACGAGUUUGGUAUUGGUCUCGCCAAGGGUGGGUUCAGUUUCAUGAAGAAAUCCAUCUUUGGUAUCUCUGACAGUGUUUAUAAAGUCACGGGUAGUAUUUCAAAGGGGUUGUCAGUGGCAACUCUAGAUCGAGAAUUCCAGAGCCGGAGAAGGAUUAACAUGGCUCGAAACAGGCCCCGGCAUGCGUUAUAUGGACUUACUCAAGGAGCUACUUCAUUUUUCGACAGUGUUACAAGUGGAGUAAGCGGUUUGGCAUUGGCUCCAAUGGAGGGAGCUGCCAAAGAGGGUGCCAGUGGAUUUUUCAAGGGUCUGGGUAAAGGUAUAGUCGGACUUCCUACCAAGACAGCAAUCGGAUUCUUCGAUCUCGCUAGUAAUCUUAGUGAGGGUGUUCGUAACACUACCACUGUAUUUGAUGGGGAGACUAUCACUCGAAUCCGACCAGCUAGAUUCAUAGCCCAAGACGGUAUUGUUAGACCCUAUUCUCAGCGAGAAGCCGUUGGUCAACAAUGGUUGAAGAGUGCGAACAGUGGACGUUAUUUCAAGGAUGAGUACUUGGCCCAUAUCAACAUGACACAGAACGCAGCAGUUGUCAUUGUGACCACUACGCGUAUAAUAACGUUGUUCACGUCAAACUUGCGUACUGAUUGGGAAGUUAGAUUUGAUGAGCUGCGGUCGAUUAAUAGAAAAUCGACUGGUCUGACAUUGAUUUUGCGACCCGACGAUGAACGAAGGGAAUUUUUCAUUCCCAUUGGAGACCAGGAUAGUCAGCGAUUCUUGUUUAAAGAGAUUAGCACCGCUGUCAAGGAAUAUAACCGAAGGCUCCAAACUAUAUCAUAG